AUGGAGCCAAGCUGUGAAGAGGACACUGGUGAGGAAGCCAUGGGUAACUCCGAGAGCCAGUACAGCAUCCAAGGUCCUAAGGGUACCAUCUUCCCCGGAAAGCACAAGCCGCCCUCCCUGAAGCCUCGCCUGACCAAAGACGAUGCCCUCUCCCCGCACUCGUGGUGGAAGAGUGCUCCGGUGGGCUCCGCAUACAAAGCCCGGUGUGUUGGCCGUGGCUGCCUGUCUCCCCCUAAAAACCACACUCCGUACUCCACCCGCCACUACGACUAUGCCACCAAGAGAGGCAGUCCAAGCUGGCAACGCCCCUCUGCCUGCGGGAUAAGGAAGCGGCACAUCUCUGACGACUACGAAGAGAAUCCAUACGGGGCAGAGCUUAACGGAAGUGCCUUAAACGAAGAUGUUGAGGCACAAGAGGAUCAGAGUAGCCCUCGGGUGGUAAUCAAGAAGGAUGGAAGUCUCAGGGUGGAGUUUACCAACACAUCAGGGAAUCCACUCGUCUUGGAUGGUGCAACCGGUCCAGUCCAACUCCUAAAGUUUUCGCCUCAUUUGGAAGCACAAUCCGCUCUCAAUUCUACAGAUACCAAUUUGAUUUGUACUGCACCCCCUGCAUCUACCUCCUCCACCGCCAGGACCAGCAAAGGUAGUUCUCUUAGCUCAGAUGGCUCCUGGUAUGACUCUCCAUGGGGGCCAGCGACAGAACUGUGCGAGUCCGAGCAGCCUUGCCAAUCAGUUAGCGCACUCGAUAACUCUUCUAUCCACCAGCUAGAUGCCUUUACUGAGCAGGCUCCAAUGACCAUCUCGGAUCUGUACCGGGAACCCACCAUUGCAGCAACAUUUCCAAUUGACCUAACCUCUCAGUUAGACGCGAGGCCGCAGCGAUCAUCGUUCGCUUCAGCUGUAGAUGUGCCUUUAGAGGAACAGGAUACAGAACCCAAAGAGUACUCUUCGUUUACGUUGCCUUGUCGGAGACCCAAGGCUCAUACUUUAAGUGAAGGGAUGGAGCAAGAGAGGCAACCGCAUCAGGAUUUAGGUGGGCAAGAGUUUGGCUUUUCUAAGAAGGACUCCAUCAAGAACCGCAUCAGACGGUUUAGUGACUGGACUGGCAGUCUCAGCCGCAAGAAGAGAAAGUCUCAGGAUUCUGGCAGAUUCAAAGAUGCCAGUGAUGGCUUUGACAGUGGAGUAGAUGGAUUCACCACUGACACCAGCUCGCCAUCACAAGUUUCCAGCCUUCUGUGGUUCCCUGGAUCUUCUAGGACCCAAUCCUCAGGGACCAUACACCAAAGCACCAACGAUGCACUGCGGCAGAACAUCUACGAGAACUUCAUGCGCGAGCUGGAGACCGGAACGGGACAAGGGACAACUGAGCGGCCCGACCCAUCCACGGGCACCGAGGAGGGGGAUAGUGACAGCGAAUCGGCUGAGGGCUCACUGGAGCAGCUGGACCUCCUGUUUGAGAAGGAGCAGGGCAUGGUGAGGCGUGCAGGUUGGCUCUCCUUCAAACCCCUCGUCACGCUGCACAAAGACAGGAAGCUGGAGCUGGUCACACGCCGCAAGUGGAAGCAUUACUGGGUCACUCUGAAAGGCUGCACAUUACUCUUCUAUGAGACCUACGGUAAAGGCUCCCCGGAGCAGGACAUGUCUCCUCGCUACGCCCUCCUGGCUGAAGACAGCAUUGUCCAGGCCGUCCCCGAACAUCCCAAAAAAGAGAAUGUAUUCUGCCUCAGUAAUUCGUAUGGAGACGUGUAUCUGUUCCAGGCUUCUAACCAGACAGACCUGGAGAACUGGGUGACUGCCGUCCAUUCAGCCAGCGCCUCACUUCUGGCCAAGCGUCUGGGCAAAGAGGACACAGUACGUCUGCUGAGGAGCCAGCUGCGAGGUUUACUGCAGAAGAUCGACAUGGACAGCAAGAUGAAGAAGAUGGCCGAACUGCAGCUGACUGUGGUCCAUAACCCCAAGAACCGCAAGGCUAUUGAGAACCAGAUUCAGCAGUGGGAGCAGAACUUGGAAAGGUUCAACAUGGACUUGUUCAGAAUGCGCUGCUACCUGGCCAGUUUACAAGGAGGAGAGUUGCCCAAUCCCAAGAGCCUGCUGGCCAUCGCAAGCCGACCCACUAAAACUACUCUGGCCCGGCUGGGGAUCUUCUCUGUGUCAUCAUUCCAUGCCUUGAUAUGUUCCCGGGAUGAGGCCACCUUGAGGAGGCGUUCGCUGUCCCUGACUGGCAGACAGAACAAAAGGGGUCUGUUCUCCUCUCUCAAAGGCUUGGACAACCUGACGAGGAGAGGGCGAGAGAAGAGGCCCUCCGCUUCACAGAUCUUUGAUGGCGACUGCGUGGGUCAACCGUACAGCCUCCCGCCCAGGAGCUCCGAGAGGCUGGAUGUCCUCAGCAGCAUCUACUCGCUGUCGCCCCCAGAAGGUGGCGUGUGGGAGAGCGCCGCAGAAAUGGUCGUGAGCGUCUACAUGCCAGACAGUUUGACAGUCCAGAUUCCUGCCAGGAGAGAGCAGACAGCGGCUGACCUUCUUUCUGUGGCAUGCAAGGUAAAACGGCUGGAUCCCUGUCUGCACUGCCUACGCCUGCAGAGGACAGUGGGACAGGGAGUGGAGGUCAGAUACGUGUCUUCUGAUGAGAUCCUUGAUGACCUGGUCACCGAUCAUCUGGAGGUGGUGCCUAUUAAUGUGUUUACUCUGCACCUGAGCAAGCCGAGCAGCGCUGCCGAUUUUGGGUUUGCAGUUACAGGGCACAUCGAUGGGCAGAACAACAGCCGGAUCUUUGUCAGUGAGGUGCCUUUGGAUGGACUGGCCUAUCGUCAAGGUCUGCGCAAAGGGGAUGAAAUCCUGAUCCUAAACAGCCUGUGUGUCUCCGGUCUGGACCUGGCUCGGAUCCAGAUGCUGUUCUCUGAGCAGGACCUACACCUCAGUCUGAGGCGGGAUGUCCCAGAAUCACCCCCCUCCUUUAACCACAUGGCUCCUCCCUCCAGACAUGUGCCCAAGCAGCAGCACCACCGCGCCAAAUCCUCUUCAGAUGUGCUGUGUGCUGACAACGGUGCUUCCCUCUGCGUAGGACCAGAGAUUGGUCACUCCCACUGCGCACACAGGCCCGUACAGCACAGCAAGAGCGCAGAUACAGUGUGUACAUUAUACCAGCCGCUUCACCAGGGAACACUGGGCUCGAUUGGUCUGAUGGACGACCCCAAGCCACCUCCAGCUCAGCGUGAUGCAGAGAUGUCAUCAGCUCCCCGGAGUGAGGCCACCCUGCUCAGGGCCUGUCCCAAACACCUGAGCGUCACCGAGAGGCUACGCAAGGUCAUCCAGGAGCUGGUGGACACGGAGAAGUCUUAUGUGAAGGACUUGACCUAUUUGUUCGAGAUCUACCUGAAGCCUCUGCAGAGAGAAACCUUCCUGACACUGGAUGAGAUGGAAAGCCUGUUCGGUAGCCUCCCUGAGAUGCUGGAUUUCCAAAGAGUGUUUUUGCAGACACUGGAGGAGAGGAUCGCCUCUUCACCUGACUUCAGCACCUUGGAGACCCCGUCCCAGUUCAAGAAACUGCUCUUCUCUCUGGGGGGCUCCUUCCUCUACUACGCUGACCACUUCAAACUCUACAGCGGGUUCUGCGCCAAUCACAUCAAGGUCCAGAAGGUUCUUGAGAGAGCUAAGACCGACCGGGCCUUUAAGGAGUUCCUGGACGCCCGUAACCCCACCAAGCAGCACUCGUCCACCCUGGAGUCGUACCUGAUCAAGCCGGUCCAGAGGGUCCUCAAGUACCCCCUGCUGCUGCGCGAGCUGGUGUCACUCACAGACUCAGAGAGCGAGGAGCACUACCACCUCUCCGAGGCCCUGAAAGCCAUGGAGAAGGUGGCCAGUCACAUCAACGAGAUGCAGAAGAUUUACGAGGAUUAUGGAGCCGUGUUUGAUCAACUGGUGGCAGAGCAGAGCGGACACGAUAAAGAGGUCACAGAGAUCUCCAUGGGUGAGUUCCUCGUGCACUCAUCUGCAGUUUGGCUCAACCCUCGCCCGUCGCUCGGCCGCAUGAGAAAAGAUCCGGAGAUGACAGUGUUUGUAUUCAAGAAAGCAGUCAUAUUGGUCUACCGGGAGAGCAACAAACUCAAGAAGAAAAUGGCAAACUCGCGAUCGGCACAUCACCACGGCGAUUCAGACGUGUUUAAAUUCCGUUGGCUCAUCCCUCUGUCAGCGCUGCAGGUCAGACUGGGAAAUACUGCAGGGACCGGUGCGGACAGCAGCUGCAUCUGGGAGCUGGUCCACUGCAGGUCUGAGGUGGAGGGGAGGCCUGAGACGGUCUUCCAGCUCUGCAGCAGUGUGCCUGAGAGCAAGGUCAACAUCAUCAAAGUCAUCCGCUCCAUCCUGAGGGAGAACCUGCGCAGGAACCAGAGGGGCGAGGGCACGCUGGAGAGAAACUGUAGGGAGCGGCUGGCCCCACUGCGCCGCACCCUGCCCUCCUCCGCCCGCCUCGGAUCCUCCCGGGCCUCGUGGCGCUGUAAGAAGCCAGUGGGCGAUUUCCCCGGAAACACGAAGGCCGAUUCGGACGAGGGCAGUCAGAGCAGUGGCACCUACAGCCUCUCGUCCAGCGCCACCACUCCUCUGUCCACCUGUCCGGACACCACGCCGCCUCCACCGGGGCAGAACUGGCCGGCUGCCCCUGCUGCCGCCACACAACCGCCCGCCUCCACAUCAGUGAAAGAGUCGGACAUUCUGAGCGACGAGGACGACGACGGCUUCAGCGAGACCCGGAGAGACAGCGGAGAGAGCGCUUCCCCCACCAGCGCCAUCGAGGCUCAGUUCAUCCAGCUCGCGCUCUCCGAAGAGGCCGCCGCACAGAGCACGCCGGCCCCUCGCGUGCUGCCCGAGGGGAGCGGCGUCACCCCGGAGACCCGGCCCAAGCUCAGACAGGGACACGGUGGAAAAAGCAGUAGUCUGCGGCGGAACCGGGGGGCUUUGUUAAAUAUGAAGGAGCACAGCCACUCACUGGACACAGCGCCAGCAGCGGAUCUGAAUUUGUUAUUGGAGAGAGAGUUCAGCGUCCUGAGUCUCACUUCAGUCGUCAACGAAGACUGUUUUUACGAGCAGAACACUGCGACAGAAUGCCCAAGCGUUACGUCGUCGUAG